AUGCUCAGAACGAACACGCUCACGGGCAUAUGCCGCUGCAGAUUGUCGCCUCACACUCUCGGCCACGUCCGCCGCACUCACUCAUCUCCAAAGACCGCCCUCCUCGAGGUCGAACGCAAAUUCAACGUCGCCGCCUCCCCUCGCCUCACAUCGCAGCUCGAAAUUGCUAGCAAGACCGGACCUCCGAGCCAAACAGUCCCGUGCAUCUCGAUCGGCAUCCUGAAUUUCAUUCCUCAGCCCGACGAGUUCAUCAAUGACCAGUACUUCGACACAGCCGACUCUCAACUCGUAUCCAGAGGGAUCUGGCUUCGUCGCCGCAGCACGUCGACCAGCGACAAGUCAGCCCCCGUGGUGGAAUGGGAAGCCAAGGUCCGAGUAGGAGGCGACUACGUGAACUCCGAAUUCGAGGAGAUAGUCGGGAAGGCCGAGAUCCAGGAAUUCCUCCAGCCACUCGAGUUUGAUCAACUGCAGCAGAUUGUCGACCUCGAUUCAGCACGGCAGACUUGGCUAGCACUCGAACCGAGGAUUGGCUCUGUGGAUUUUGGCGCCGCUUCUCAGACAGAGGUGAAGGUAGUGGUGGACACAUCGACGACAGAGAUACUCGACUCGCUCCCUGAUUCUGAGCCGCCGUUUCAUCACGUCGUAGGCGAACUCGAGUUAACACGAACCGUGCAGUUACUCGGACAGGGAGAGGAAGACAAGGCAAUGAAAGGAGAAGAGACAAGAAAGAUGAGCGAUGAACUGCAAGCGUUCAUGAAGCGACACGAGACCUUGUUCCCCAUGAGUCCGGCGCCUGUGGGGAAGCUCACGGCGUACUUUGCGUGGCGAAAGCAAGUCGAGGAGCAGCUGAAGAUGUCUAUGACUACUACCCAUUAG